CGAGACAGAAGUGUAAUCGUCCAUUUCAGUCAGUGAAGGAGCUAGGUGAAACGUCGUCGUGGUGUGUGUUUGGAUAUAAAGUUCGCUGUGUGCUGUGCAUAGAAAGCAACAAUGUUUGAUGUGUUUGGCUCCGUUAAGGGGCUACUGAAGCUAGACGCAGUUUGUAUUGACAAUAAUGUGUUUCGGUUGCAUUACAAGGCGACUGUUAUUUUGCUUGUUGCGUUUUCACUACUGGUGACUUCGCGUCAGUAUAUUGGCGAUCCGAUCGACUGCAUUGUUGACGAAAUUCCUCCACAUGUUAUGGACACCUACUGCUGGAUUUACUCUACAUUUACAAUUCCUAACCGACUUGCAGGAACAAUCGGAAAAGACAUUCCUCAUCCGGGAGUCGCCAGCCACGUCGAAGGUGAAGAUGAAGUGAAAUAUCACAAGUACUACCAGUGGGUAUGUUUUGUCCUAUUCUUUCAAGCUAUGAUGUUCUACGCCCCGCGUUAUCUUUGGAAAACAUGGGAAGGUGGAAGAAUCAAAAUGUUGGUAUUGGACCUCAACUGUCCUGUCGUUAGUGAAGAGUGUAAAAUCGACCGGAAGAAGCUCCUUGUUGAUUAUUUUGCUAUGAAUCUGCAUACUCAGAACUUUUAUGCCAUACGAUUCUUUAUUUGUGAGGUGCUCAACUUUAUCAAUGUGCUUGCUCAGAUCUAUUUCAUGGAUGUCUUCCUGGAUGGUGAGUUUACCACUUAUGGAUCAGAUGUUGUCAGGUUUACUGAGAUGGAGCAAGAGGAGAGGGAGGAUCCUAUGUCGAGAGUAUUCCCUAAGGUUACCAAAUGUACCUUCCACAAAUAUGGUCCUUCUGGAACUGUUCAAAAGUUUGACGGUUUGUGUGUACUUCCCUUGAACAUUGUAAAUGAGAAGAUCUAUGUGUUCCUGUGGUUCUGGUUUAUCCUGCUCACACUCAUCACUGGUGUAUCUCUGAUCUACCGUGCUGCUGUCGUCAUGGGCCCUCAAGUCCGUCUCUACCUGCUGAGAGCACGCUCACGCCUUUCCCCACAGGAACAGAUUGAAACUAUCGCCAGGAAAUGUCAAAUUGGAGAUUGGUUUGUAUUGUAUCAGCUAGGAAAGAAUAUUGAUCCUCUAAUUUUUAAAGAACUCGUAUCAGAUUUGGCAAAGAAACUAGAUGGUAAAGAGACUGUUUAAGUACUAUCAUGAUCAGAUGUUUAAAAUGUGCCUUUACAGUUUUCUUAAGCUAGGUUAAUUUAGUCAUACACUGUCAACCUAUAGUGUAUGGAUAAAGACACAAUGCAGAAGGUGUUUUCAUAACAGAUGUCAAUUGAUACAUUUAUGAAAUUAAUUAUAGCAGCCAUAUUGUAAGUUUUUAUACUGGAAGAAGUUUCUGAGGAAUUUUUAUCUUUACAGCUUUUUAUACAGUUAUUAAGUUUUGUACUUUUUUUAUAAUCGCAAUGUUGAAAUGGAUUUAAAGAUUACUGUACUGGCAAUUUUUUUGUUUUUAAACAUAUAAUAGAAUUAAAACUUGAAAUAAAUAUGGCAACCUAUUUUAUUUUCAUUUCGUAGCUUUGAGUGUAGGAAAAACAAUUCCAAAAUUAAGAGACUUGCUAAACUAAUAAUGAGAAAGAAAUAAUGUACGUUUUAGUACAAAAAUCAUUGAAAAAAUAAUUAGACCUCUUUCCAGAUCCAGAUUUUACCAUUAUAUAUCUUUCAUGCACAAAUAAUGCCUAUGCUCAUCUUACUUUUGUUGUAAUAGAUGCUGUUUAGCGUAAAAUAUGAAUUCAACUUCAAUCUCGUAUUAAAUCAUUUCAUCAAUUAAACUGUUGACUUACACUGUUAAAAUAUUUUAAAAUCUUAUUAUAGGCCUAUUUCUUUAAUAAAAUUAUUUAGAGGACCAGUAAGUUACUAUAAAAUAUUCUUCUAAGGUAGCUAGCUAGGCAGGUUAAAGAUUUUAAGUUUUUCCCUCUGAAUUAGAUCAGUGAUAACCUAUUUACAACUGCACAGUAAUGGUACAGUUGUGUGGUGGGCAAAUGAACAAAUACUUUUCUUGUCCAACUAACCCAUUGAGGAGUGAACUUGGGAGGGCGGGGCAAGAUUAAAAUAAACAUUGACUUUACUUUUACAUUGUCCACAGAUUAGGUUAUGUACAAUUUUAAUAUGCAAGAAGUGUGAGCUAAAAUAUUUUAAUGAAACCUUCAAAUAAAUUAAUGUAUAGAUCUAGUAAUGUAUUAUAUAUUUCACGAAGCACAAUUUAUUUCAGUACUGAUUCAAUUUCAGUUCUUAAUAUUGGAUUUUAUUUUAAUGUAAUCAGAACUACCUACUUUAGAACUUUCUGUUAAUAAGUGGACAUAUUAAAAUCACGGUAGUUGAUAGGAUUUAAAACCUGUCUUCUAGACCAUAAUGUAGCCUACGCGGGCAGUGUGGUAAAUAUUAAAUCUAUCCAAUCAUUAGGAUAAAGGAAUAUAUUCCUACAACUUAAUAUACUUUUCCAAAGUGAGUUAUAUUAAUGACAUUAAUUAGGGGACAUAGUUUCAUUCCAAUUUGAUUGAAAUAUAUCUUUUGUUCUAGAAAUUUUUAUUUUGCUAUUCAUUAGGGAAUGUAAUAUUUUUAUAUUAUUGUUUGUCUUUGGGCUUAACUUCCAUUGAAGUACAUGGCCUAUUAUUUGUAAAAGGCUGUUAAAACUGAUGUAAACAACUUGACGUAACUUGUACAGAAUUGAUUUAUACAGUACUGUUGAUGCGUUCUUAUAUCCUCAUAAUCCCAACUGGAAUCGUGAACUCUGGUAGUUUUGUUUGGUUUAAUCAACGAACGAAGAUUUUCUCUGCUUAUGAUAAAUAUAAUUUUAACAUUAUCGUAAUAUAUAGUAUGGUACUGACUUUUUUGUGUUUGGAUUUAACUCUGUAAUUUUUGGCUAGGUUUUAUUUUAGAUUGGAUGUUUUUAAGUUAAUAUGGAAAUCAAUUUGCUGAAUUUUUAAUCACUAAAAGUGUUGAUAAGGUGUUAGAUUAUAGUAUUUUUUGUUGAAGUUGGUCGUUACUGUUAGUAAUUGCUAGACAAUCCCUUUUGCGGGAAUAGAAGAUAAGUAGAUUAGGAUAUCAGUAGACAUUAAACAAUUAAAAUACAAUAAAAAGUUGCUCCAACAUUAUCAUUACAUAUAAGUUACUGAUGACUGCUAUGUUUGAGGGAUAAUUGACCUUAGAAUGAAAAUUUUGAACAAUACAAAAAUCGCAAAGUUUAUAGAAAUUAACCAUCUUGUAGAGGGUUCAAUGAUAUCGACAAUAGCUUGAAGAAAUAGGCCUAUUUAGUUUUGCCACAUUAUUAAUCAUUGUGUUCGGUUCACUUUUUGGUUUUUUUAUGGCAAGGAAAUACUCUUUAGUUUUUAAUGGUUAAAAAAGCAAUAUUUGUGUUCUCAGUAAAUAUAAAGACAUUCUGUUUUUGGCCAGAAUUAAUUUAUAAAUAUUUUUGGUAAGAAUGCAGAACUCUAUAUUACCUUUUAACAAAAAUAGACUGGCAAUUCAAAUCAAUAAUUAAAUUACAGUAUUUUAUAUAUUAAACUGUAAGGUAACUAAAGUUAAUGGUAGAAACUAGGAAAUUGUAGGUUGUCACAUUUUGCAACAUUAUUAUAUUUUACUAGAAGAAUAUUUAUUGAUUAUAUUUAUGGAAUCAUGUAACAAUUUUUUUAUAAAUGGUGUUGCUUUUGCAUGACUGUAUAUCAAAUUAAUACAAAACUACUCAUUUAGUUUAGAGAUAAAGAAGUUGAGGUGUAUAAUAGACUGAAAGGCGUCUUUCACUGUCAUAAAUUGUAUAGUUUUUGUAUUUAUAACUGUUGAAGUGACAGUGUCGUUCACUUGAAAGCAAUAUUUUAUUCAAAGUAAUACCUACGUUGCUAUGUUUUGGUCUUUGAAACUUUUGUCACUGGAGGUUCUCUUGUAACUUAGUCAUCGCUCAACUUUUACCAGUCGUACGAGACCACCAGAUCGAUUUAUCAAGCACACUCCUGUGUGUAGCCUACUACAAGUAUGAUAGUGACGGAGUGUAUGAGUAUUGUAUAUUUUAUAACUAGACUUAUGAAAAAUGUGAUCAUAGUUUAUUGUAUUUUAGUUUGUUAUUAUUAAUAUUAUCGAUACAAUUAAUAUAUUAGAAUUACUUUUGUAAAUGCCAGUUUCCCUCAUGAAUACUUGGCGAUACGGAUGAUUUGUUUGGGGUCUCUGUAGGCCUACUUCUACUAGCCUACUGUGGCCACCGAAAACGUGUAACGUAAAUCUCAAACUGUACACGUUAUUAGUGGAUGGAAGACUAUUUAAGUUAGAUUUUGCAAGGGGACGUAAAAUAACGUUUAACCAGACCAAUUUUAAUAUGUUAACUGUGUCGAACAUUAAGAUUAUAAAUUUACAUUAUAAUCGAAUUUUGUUCAUUAUACGGAAAGUUUUAAAUCUUUCUAAUUCCACAUACAAUACAGAUCGUAAAGACAAUGCUAAAACAUUCCAUGACCUCAAAAGACUUGAUUACAGUGAGGGCAAGUACUAAGUUAAUCUGUAAGUACAAGCUGAAUGAAUUCCAUUUUGCACAGGUUUGAAGUAAUUCAAUAUUGAACUUUUUUAUAUCUUUAAUCUUGCCCGUAUCUGAUAAUGUGGAGCCAACAAUGAAUCAUUAUGAGAAGAAAAGGCUGCAUGUGUGUUUUGUAAAUAAAUUAUUAUACAGCAUAUCAGCAUUGAUCACGCCAAUUUUGGAUAUUUUUCUUACAAUUUACUGUAGUUAAGGGCCUAUUAUAUAUGUAAAUAUUUAUUAGCCAUAAGUGCCUUGUCAAUAAACCUUAUCAAUCUAGGCAAUAUCGUGCAAAUAACUACAAUAAGAAGACAGCUAGAUUAAGUGCUAUAGAUGCAACAUUCCCGUGAGAGGGACCAAUAUAUACACUUGCUCAUAUCAGUGCAAACUAUUAUACAAACAUUCCUCCAUUUAUACAAUUACAAGUUCUUCCACGAUUUGUAUUAUACAUUCAUGAGGUGAUAUGCGCAUUGUUUGUAAAUUAUAUAUAAUAAAUUUUACAAUGCUUUA